AUGCGAGAAUCACCCGCGUCUUGGAGUACGUCAAAUAGUCAAAGAUCCGUUCGACGCUACAAGGACCUAGGAACCGAAGAUGAUGAAUCUGGACGAGGAAGACCUCGUGCAAUCUCAGAAAGGCGAUUUGAAUACCUUUUCGCUAUAGUUAUGGAACACCCUGUAGAGCCGUAUGGCUUUGGCCAACACUACGAAAAUAUGAUGACAAUCCUUGUCUAUCGUAAUCACACUCCUGGAAACCAGUUCUUUGAGUGUUCACGUCAUAUAUCCACUCUUUUUAUAUUUAUGAGGGUUUGCAUUGUGGGCGGUGGCGGAUACUUAGGACAUGAAUUGGCUGCACGUCUUCAAUCGAACGGUUCACAUACAGUUAUACUUGAUAUAACGUUCUCAGGUCAUCCACUUAUUAAACUUGAUGAAAAUCUAACGACAAGACUACAGGGUUCAGUUCUGGAUGAGACGAAAGUAUGUGAAGCACUCCGUGAUUGCGAAUCAUGUUUUCAUCUGGCAGCAUCGCCAGGUGAACAAGCUUUCAACAGAGAUUUGGCUUAUCGAAUUAAUGUUGACGGUACCGCACUUCUAAUGGAAUGUUGUAAACGUGUUGGAGUGAAACGUUUCAUCUAUACAUCCAGUGUAUGCGUUAUUUUUACGAAUAAAGAACUCAUAAACGCCACCGAGGACUAUCCAUAUCCGUUGGAGUCACAGCACACAUCCAUGUAUGGGUCCUCGAAAGCCCAGGCAGAACGACUGGUGUUGGCAGCGAAUAGCGCCGAAUUUCGAACGUGUGCCCUACGACCACGCGGCAUCUACGGACCUGGAGAUCCACGAUGUGCCGAUAAGGCGGCGGAAAUCAUCUACAAAGGUCUUUACAUCGCUACUUUUGCCAAAAAAGAACGUGCAAUGACCCAAUACAGCGGUGUACGUAACCUUACACAUGCAAUGUGCCAAGCGGAUAAGGAACUAGCAAAACCGUAUCCGAGAUGUGCUGGAAAGGCAUAUCACGUUGUGGACGCCGAUCCUGUAGACUCAUUCCUCUUCUGGAAGCCAUUGAUCACCGCGUUAUCGCGGUCACCACCAUCAAUACGUGUACCGUUUAUACUGGUUUAUUUUGUUGCUUAUGUUUCCGAAUGGUUCGCUACGCUAUUCGGGCUACCACCGGGUUUAAAUAGACUUGAGGUGAAUCUUCUUGGAAUCACAAAUACAUAUUCAAUUGAACGAGCAAGGAAGGAUUUCGACUAUAAUCCUACAAAUAAUCAUGAUUUAACGGAGAUUGUUGAGUACUACACGAAGUACUACAAGGAUCGUCCGACCACAAAUUUCGAUAGCUGGCGAACGCUGAAAGUUCUUUUUGUCUCCGCAAUCAUGAUAUUUGUUGUCAUACAAUUUUGUUUCUCUUAA